GUCCUUAGUAACCCUUGUCUUUAUAUAUAAAUAUAUUUCGUGGUCGCAUAGUAACUUGCACAUAUCACAAAACACCAACCCUUGUCUUUUCUUCACCAUUUUACCCCCUUUUUCCUUCUUUGUUGCCGCACUUCUUCACUCCCCAGUUAAUGAGCAUGUCUUGUUUUCUGUAGCUGGUUUUUGUUUCGGGAUUCUUGGCUUGAUUUCGAGAAAAAGGUCCAAUCUUUUGCUUUUGGAGUGUCAGAUUUUGUGCAGAUUUUCAGCAAGAAGUUGCUUACAUUCCUCACCGGUGAGCCUCUUAAAGGGUUUUGGCUUUCGUUGUGAAUCUUUGUUGAAAAUUUGUUCUUUAUUCUGCUGGUGGGUGAUUUUAGCACUUCCGUGUGGGUUGUGAAUUUUGGUGCAUGUAAUGAUGUUUUGGAGAAGGGUUGUACUGUUCUAGUUUGAUUUGGGUGCUGUUUUUACUUGAAAAUCUAGAGUGAUAGCUGGGGUUUCAGAAGAUGUGUUGGAAGAUUGGGUAAACAUGGGUUUGUGUGAUUUUGAUGUUUGCGUUUUGUAAAGAGCACUUGAAAAUGCUUGUGAAGUAGAAUUGGAUGUGAAGUGGGUUCGUUGGUUUUGAUCUGUUUUUAUUGUUUGUGAGAACUGAGAAGCAAUGGAAGGGAAUUUGUCUCAGGGAGGUAUGGUUCAGGGUGGGAGUUCCUUUGGUGGUUUUGAUCUGCCUGGAUCAAUGAGGGUUCAUCGGCAAGGGCAUCAUCCUCAUUCCAUGAAUCAACAUCAAACUCAUCCUUGUCAAGGGCCUUCAGUGCAUUCCUCAGUUCAUGAUGGUUUUCCUCUCACAAUGGGAACCUUGCAGAACUGCGAUCAAACAAUGGCAAUGACUGAGUUUAGUCAGGGAGAUAGAAACAAGAACUCUCCAAGUGAUGAAAGCUUUGCUGAGGAAGGUGUUGAUGGUCAUCAAGAAGGAGGUAGAGGGAAAAAGGGGUCGCCUUGGCAGAGGGUGAAGUGGACUGAUAAGAUGGUGAGGCUUCUGAUAACGGCUGUUUCUUACAUAGGUGAAGAUGCACCAUCCGACUGUGGUGGCGCAAGGAGAAAAAUUACAGUCCUACAGAAAAAAGGGAAGUGGAAAUCGGUUUCCAAGGUCAUGGCUGAAAGAGGUUAUCGUGUUUCACCUCAGCAGUGUGAGGAUAAAUUCAAUGAUCUCAAUAAAAGGUACAAAAAACUUAAUGAUAUGCUAGGCCGGGGAACUUCUUGUCAGGUUGUUGAGAAUCCUUCUCUAUUGGAUGUGAUAGAUUAUCUUUCUGAGAAAGAAAAAGAUGAAGUUCGAAAAAUAUUGAGCUCGAAACACUUUUUCUAUGAAGAGAUGUGUUCUUACCAUAAUUGUAACAGGUUGCAUUUACCCCAUGAUCUGGAAUUGCAACGAUCACUUCAGUUGGCUCAUAGAAAUAGAGAUGAUCAUGACAGUGAUGAUGUCAGAAGGUCUCAGCAUGAUGAUCAUGAUGAAGAUGAUCCAGAAGUGGAAACUGAUGAUCAUGAUGAUUUUGAGGAGAAUUAUGCUACUCAUGCAGAUAGUAGAGGAGUCUAUGGGGAAGCGGGGCGACCUAUGAAGAGAUCGAAACCAGGGCAAGGACAUGAAGAUGCUGCUACUUUUGGCAGUGCUUUAAACAGCCAAGAGUAUAACAAAAGUUCAUACCCUCAUAUGGUUCAAUCUGAUGUCAAUCAAGCUGCACCCGAGAAAAUGAGUUCACCAUGGUUACAGAAGCAAUGGGUUGAUUCUCGUUCACUUCAGUUAGAAGAGCAGAAGCUACAAAUUCAGGUUGAGAUGUUGGAGCUGGAGAAACAAAGAUUCAAGUGGCAGAAGUUUAGUAAGAAAAAGGACCGGGAGUUGGAAAAGUUGAAGCUGGAGAAUGAAAGAAUGAAGCUUGAGAAUGAACGUAUUGCUUUAGAACUCAAACGAAAGGGAGUGGGUGCUGACUUUAACUAGGUUGGUCGUCUUGCAUGCUUUUUUUUUGAAACGACAUUAGAUGCAUGAUGCUCCUUUGUUUUCCAGCUAUCUUUGAUGAGCUGUGUUUGUUUAGUUGAAAGUAUACAAUUUUUUAUGGGGAAACUUAGGAAAGAAUGAGAUCCCGUGGUGCUGUUUAGAUUUAUGAAUUUGAAAAAUCCAGUAGGUCACACAGAGAUUCACUUAUUAUUAGGCUUUACUGAAGCUCUGUUGCUUUAUAUACUGUGUGGCUAAUAAUGCCUUUUCACUUAGUUAAAAGUAGCAUAUACCAUUAUGAUGAGUUCAGUUUUCAAGGGCUAAAAA